AUGGAGGAUCAGGGUGAGGGUUUAACGAAGUAUAAAGGUAUAAGAAAACGUAAAUCGGGUAAAUGGGUGUCUGAAAUUCGAAUACCAAAAUGUAAAGAACGAAUUUGGUUAGGUACUCAUGAUACACCGGAGAAGGCAGCUAGAGCUUUUGAUGUUGCACUCUUUUGUUUACGUGGUCGAGGAGCUACUACAUUUAAUUUCCCAGAUAAUCUUCCGAAUAUUGUAGUUUCUAACUCGCUGACUCGAGCUGAAAUUCAAAAAAUUGCUGCCAAGUACGCCAAUGGAGAAGUAGAAGAACAACACAAGGAAGAAGUAGAAGAACAACAACACAAGGAAGAAGAAGAAGAGGACAUGACUAUUAAUCAUAAUAGUAUUAGGAGUAACAAUGAUAAAAUAGAUUGGGAUUUUAUGGACUGCCUGUUAUCGGUUCCGGAGGGUACGGGUAAUGCGUUGAGUGCGGCUGAUUUCGGUGUUAACGGUUGUGCUGUCUAG